CAGAUCCUAUCCACCACCCAACAUACCAAACUUUAACAAACAAAAUGUCUCGUCUCACCGACUACCGCCUCCUCACCUUCGACGUGUACGGCACGCUCGUAGACUGGGAAACGGGGAUCCUCACCGCACUAUCCCCGCUCCUCUCCCGCAGCACCUUGAACUUCACCCGGGAACAAACCCUAUCCAUCUACCAAGAGCACGAAAGCAAACAGCAAGCACUCACCCCAGACAUGGCCUACUCCACCCUCCUAACGACGAUUCACCCCGGUCUGGCCAAGUCAUUCUCCGCACCGCCCCCAACAGCAGCCGACAGCGCCACGUUCGGGGCCUCCAUCGGCACGUGGCCUGCCUUCCCCGACACGGUGGAUGCCCUGGGUCGUCUCUCCAAGCGGUACAAGCUAGUUGUGCUGUCUAAUGUGGACCGAGCAUCGUUCGCGAAGACCAACGCGGGCAGUCUGCAGGGGUUCCCAUUCGACCUAAUCAUCACCGCGGAAGACAUCGGGUCCUAUAAGCCAGAUGUGCGCAACUUCGAGUACAUGCUGCGCGCGGUUGAAGAGAAGUUCGGAGUGGCCAAGGGGGAGGUGUUGCAGACGGCGCAGAGCCAGUACCAUGAUCAUCAUCCGGCACGGAAGGUAGGAAUCAAGUCGCUGUGGAUUGAGAGGGAGGGGGCGACGAUGGGGAAUAUGGAAGAGAAGAUGUUCGAUUGGCGGUUUGGGACGUUACGGGAGAUGGCGGAUGCGGUGGAUGCAGUAUAGAGGGCAUGUUGCUGUACGCGUUCCGAUGUUUCCCUGAUGGUCGGCAGGAAUAGGGUGAUUGUUUUUGGAUGUGGAUAUAUCAGUUCUUAAGCCAUGGAGAGGAAUAGGGUUUGGCUGUAUGGUAAAGCAU